AUGCACACCGUCUUUCGCAUUGGUGACGUGCGAAAAAUUGACAACAAUCGAGCACUUUAUCAAGUCGAUCUUCAACUUACGUCAGAUGAUGAUCCACAACUUCGAGAAUUAACUGACUUUAUACGAAAAGAGGUCAGCGGCACCGGAUGGCGCCGAAUGGGUAAAUUGUUACUCAAAAUAGGUCAAUUCGACAAGGCCGAAGAACUAUAUAUGGCACUACUAGAACAGGCAUCGGAUGAUAGUGAUACAGCACAUGUUAAUCAUCAACUCGGGUUCUUGAAAAACGAUCAAGGACAAUAUGAAGAAGCAGUUGCAUUUUACGAACAAUCUCUGAAAAUCUACCGAAAAACUCUUCCGAAAGAUGAUCCUUCAUUGGCUCCUACGUACAAUAAUAUUGCUCUAGUGUACAACGACAUGGGUGACUACUCGAAAGCACUUGAAUUUUACGAAAAAUCACAUAAAAUCGUCGAAAAAGCUCUGCCUUCGAAUUAUCCAGAUUUGGCUACUUCAUACAGCAACAUAGGUCAAGUGUAUAAUAACAUGGGUGACUACUCGAAAGCACUUGAAUUUUACGAAAAAACACUUAAAAUCGACGAGAAAACUCUGCCUUCGAAUCAUCCAGAUUUGGCUACUUCAUACAGCAACAUAGGUCAAGUGUAUAAU